AUUUUUUAAGCAAUAUUUCAAAUUUCUUAUUUUUGACAGCGAUUUUGGUAGGGUGCUUUUUUUAAAGGGUAGUACAGGAUUGCCAAAAUGAACACACAAUUGGUAGCAUGCGUUUUGUUUGUUUUCGUGUUCAAAAACGUUGAAUCAAUCUGUGCACCGAAUAAUGUAUGCCGAACGCAACGAGGCACAAUAUUCCAGACAAACAGACUGAUAACCAAUCGUGAACGAAGCGACAACAGGGGCAGGGCUUGGUAUAUACAAGCUAACCCUAACCCAUCAAACUUUAUUAUGGCUUUCAAGAAUUUCAACGCCACUGUACACUCACCUGUGAUGCUUAUUACAUAUUACAACAGAACAAGCAAAACGGUGCAAUACCUAUAUGGCCCAUUGGGUGACUUUGAAAUUGUGAAACAAAAUGCUAUGACAAUUAUAAUAUAUGUUCCAAUUCGCUCAAGGAAUCCACCUGAGUUUCUAAUGCAUUACUAUAGUGGUUGUGAUAUUUUGACAACGACACAAAACCAGUUCGUUUACCCUCCAACGAGAGAAGCCAAUAUUACAAACACAGCAGCAAAAUGCUGGAUUAUACAUCCAUUUAAUACAAGAGCACGGGAAAGAAUUUAUUUUAGCUUCAGGAAUGUUCUUUUGGACCAUGGCCAAAAAGUGCAGAUGUGGGAUUUACAUACGUCUGGUUUUCUCGGGGAAUUAACGGGUGUGACUUCUCACCACUUGAUGGCAUCAGAGUCAUACCCGUCACAAUUGGUCAUGGUUGAGUUGGUUUGCGUAUCGACCAAUUGCAACAUGCAGAAGACGCAAAUGGCCGUCAACUACUACGGAAUGAACCAUACAGACGUAAACUGCAUUCAUAAUCAAAUGAGAUGUACAUUUGAAAAUGGGACCCUACCACAAAGUUACUGUAAUGAACUUGAAUGUCCGGCAUUAGAUAAUAUGCUCACUGAAGAAUAUGGCUUGGAGUCAAAUGAGCCGGUAUCAAGGUCUGGUGCUGUUACUACAAAUAGCAGUGGUAUGAGAAUAAGCAAAGGGUGCAGAGGUGGGGUACGCUACUGCCGUUGCCCCAAAAAAGUCAACCUGCUGUCAUUCUGCCUUCCGAAAAUCAAAUGCCCAAAAUUGAGGCAAUGUCGCAACAAAUGUAGGACAGCCAAGGAGAUGUGCAGAAGUAUAUUUACAAACGAGGCUAUUAAAUUAGUAUAGGGUGCCAAUAUGUGUGCGUCACUGCAUGAAAAUGAAAAUCAUGUGCGCAAGUAUGCGGCGAUUACCACCACAAUUUCGGUUCCAAAUUUUACUGUAAAAAUCAAAAAUUUUUGCUUAUUAUUUAAAAAUAGAAUCUAAACACAAAUAAAAGCAUUUGAUUUUUUUUGUUUUUUUGUAAGUUUGUAUAUUUUUUCACGAUUUUUGACAUUUUGAAAUUUUGACAAUUUUAUUUUUGAAGUAAGGCUUUUUGAUUAAAGAUUUAAAACGCUUUUUUUGUGGUUAGAUUUAUUUUAAAGACGUUUUUAACAAUUAAACUGUUAAAAAAAACCCACACACUGCCAAUUUCACAAAAUCCAAUAAUUUAUUUGUUUGUAGCUGUUACCAUGUGUGUCUGUUGUAAACUGUUUGUUUUUUAUGUAAUUUUUAAAAUUUUAGCAGGUAUUUGUUGGGCGUUUGUAUGUUUUUCUCUGCAUAUAUGCUGCUAAAAUAAUUGUAAAUACAAUCAUAUACUUUUGCUUUUGAACCAAAAAUUGUGCGCUACCGUUUUGCUGCUAUUUUUGCUCAUAUUAAAAAAUAAACGCUUUCUACAAGUUAAAA